GUUAUUGGAUGAUAGCUGUCACAUGGUACAGGGGCAGAACUACAUUUAUCAGAAAACAAUCUACUGCUCUUUUUAAUUCAUAGUAAGUUUAUUGCAUUGUAUUUUUAUUAUGCACCUGUGGUUUUGUAAUUCUAUAUUGUAUGGUCCUUUUAAAUGGACAUAAUUUGCCAAAAGAACAUCUCAUUAUAUUAUCACUCUAUGUAAACACAAAUUCUUUAUUUUCUUAACUCUAUCCAAGAAAACAAUUGCAAUUAACAUUUAAGUGUUUUCUCUCCCACACCCCCUUGCAGUGUGAUUUAAGACAACUCGGCAUUGAUCAAGAGAAGUUAAAGGACUGGGGGUGGAGCGCAUGACAAAAUGUCUGACAGUGAGAAUUAGUAGGAAGUACAAUACCAAUACUGCAGUAUCCAAUUUAACUUAUAUUUAAACCACUGAUUUAAAAUGUCUUUCAGGAAAAAAUAUUGUUUCAUAGAAAUGAUAAAACCAAAGAUUAUAAUAUAUCUGUAAAGUUAUGGUAUGGCCCACUUAUAAAUAGAUUUUCUACCAUUAUGUUGUACAGAUCUGGGAAGAUUCAUAUUUAAGGGACAAUUAUAAGACUCACAGAGCUAACUGUACUAAAUGCUUGUGCUGAAUCAAUAGCACAUAUGUAAUAACCUAAACAGCUGAUCUGUAUCACAUGAAUUGUUAUGUGUGCCUUUAAUGAUACCAUACGUACAGUUAAUCAGAACCAUUAUUUAUUAUUAUCUGUCUAAGCCAUUUAAUAUACUUUUUACAGACACGACCAGAGCACUGAGAGAUAUCAGGUAUUGAUGUAACUGGAGUGAAUAAGGGAACCUUCUUCCUGAGCACAGACAUUGGAGCCUGUUAUCAGCAUGAACUCAUAUGUGUUAGACAAACACGUGAAUAGUUCAUAUCUAUCCUUCACUAAAAGAAGCAUCAGAAUGAUACCUCAAACUCCAAAAAUCUUAGACACCAAUGACUAUUCACAAACAUUGGGGAAAUCACUGCAGAUAUUUAAAGAAGAUGAUGAAUUGGAAGGAACUGGGCAGCAAUCAUUAUGUACAGAGAGUAAUUUAGUCAUCAAACUAGAGGACAUUUAUGCCUUAUCUAGUGAAAUGAUUAUCCCAGAAGAUAAACCACACACAUUUACUGAGUACUCAAAACAGUUUAAAGAAGGGAAAAGUCUACAAUCUAACCAAAUGAUUCAUAAAAAGGAAAAACCUUUCAAAUCUACAGAAUGUGAAAAAAACUUUAGAUUGAAGUCUCGUCUUCUAGAACACCACAAAAUUCACACAGGUGAGAAGCCAAACAUAUGUACGCAGUGCGGCAAAUGUUUUACACAAAUUGAUCAUCUGAAAAGUCAUAAAAGGAUUCACACAGGAGAAAAAACUUUCACAUGUACAGAGUGUGGAAAAAGUUUUACACAAAAGAGGUAUCUGAAAAGUCAUGAAAGAAUUCACACAGGAGAAAAGCCGUUCACAUGUUCAGAGUGUGGAAAAAGUUUUACACACCAGAGUGAUCUGAAAAAUCAUAAAAGGAUUCACACCGGAGAAAAGCCUUGCACAUGUACAGAGUGUGGAAAAAGUUUUACACAAAAGAGUAAUCUGAAAACUCAUGAAAAGAUUCACACAGGAGAAAAACCUUUCCCAUGUACAGAGUGUGGGAAAUCUUUUACAGUUAAGAGUGAUCUGAAAAAUCAUGAAAGGAUUCACACAGGAGAAAAGCCGUUCACAUGUACAGAGUGUGGAAAAAGUUUUACACAAAAGAGUAAUCUGAAAUAUCAUGAAAGAUUUCACACAGGGGAAAAGCCGUUCACAUGUACAGAGUGUGGAAAAAGUUUUACACGAAUAGAUAAUCUGAAAACUCAUGAAAGGAGUCACACAGGAGUAAAGCCGUUCACAUGUACAGAGUGUGGAAAAAGUUUUACACAAAAGAGUGAUCUGAAAAAUCAUGAAAGGAUUCACACCGGAGAAAAGCCUUUCACAUGUACAGAGUGUGGAAACAGUUUUACACGAAUGGAUAGUCUGAAAACUCAUGAAAGGAUUCACACAGGAGAAAAGCUUUUCACAUGUACAGAGUGUGGAAAAAGUUUUAAACAAAUGAAAUUUCUGAAAACUCAUGAAAUGAUUCACAAUGGAAGAAACCUUUAACAUGAUUGGAAAGUGGAAAAAGGUUUUUUAUUGAAAUGAAGUAUCACAAAACCCAAAUAUUUACACGCAAAUAAAUUUUAUAUACACAGUGUACAAACCUUUUUACAUUUAUCCUAAAGAGGACAAACUCUCUAAAUAGAAGCAUCAAAAAGGAUCCUAUUGUAAAUAAUACUUUCUAAAUCCCAGUUAUAAAAACCCUAAGAUUGGAA